AUGGUCCAGUCAUUCGAGGCACAGGAAGACCAGCUCUUCAAGGAGCAGGUCGAGCAGGUCAAGCAGUGGUGGAAGUCGCCGCGCUUCAAGGGCCUCGUCCGCCCGUACUCGGCAGAGGACGUCGUCUCGAAGCGGGGCACGCUCGAGAUCCAGUACCCGUCCGGCGUCCAGGGCAAGAAGCUGUGGAACAUGCUCAACCAGAAGUUCAAGGACGGCCUCCCCAGCCACACCUACGGAGCGCUCGACCCCGUCCAGGUCACGCAGAUGGCCAAGUACCUCGAGACGGUCUACGUCUCGGGAUGGCAGUCGUCGUCGACCGCGUCGUCGACCAACGAGCCCGGUCCCGACCUCGCCGACUACCCCUCCAACACGGUCCCGAACAAGGUCGAGCACUUGUUCAUGGCCCAGCUCUUCCACGACCGCAAGCAGCGCGAGGCUCGCUCCCGCAUGUCGCCCGAGGAACGCGCAAAGACGCCCUACAUCGACUACCUCCGCCCCAUCGUCGCCGACGCCGACACUGGACACGGUGGCUUGACCGCCGUCAUGAAGCUCACCAAGAUGUUUGUCGAGAAGGGCGCCGCCGGUAUCCACGUCGAGGACCAGAUGCCCGGAACGAAGAAGUGCGGUCACAUGGCCGGCAAGGUCCUCGUCCCGAUCUCUGAGCACAUCAACCGCCUCCUCGCCAUCCGCCUUCAGUACGACAUCAUGGGCGUCGAGAAUCUCGCCGUCGCUCGCACCGACGCCGAAGCCGCGACGCUCCUCUCGUCCAACGUCGACGAGCGCGACCACCCCUUCAUCCUCGGCUCGACCAACUCGGACCUCGACGAGGACCUCGUCACGGUCAUGUCUCGCGCCGAGCGCAACAACGUCGUCGGCGAGGCUCUGCAAAAAGUCGAGGACGACUGGAUCAAGUCAGCCAACCUCAUGCUCUACUCGGACUGCGUCGCUGCCGCCGCCAAGAAGAAGGGCGCGUCGCAGAGGAAGAUCGACGAGUUCGUCAAGCAGUCGGCGCAUGUCUCGCACUCCAAGGCCAAGAAGCUCGCGAGUCAGUUGCUCGGCGUCGACCCGUACUGGAACUGGGACACUCCCCGUACUCGCGAGGGUUUCUACCGCUACCAGGGCGGAACCCAGUGCGCCAUCAACCGCGCUGUCGCCUUCGCGCCGUACUGCGACCUCUUGUGGAUGGAGACCAAGAACCCCGACUACAAGCAGGCGAAGGAGUUUGCCGAGGGCGUCCACGCCGUCUACCCCGACCACUGGCUCGCCUACAACCUCUCGCCCUCGUUCAACUGGUCGGCUGCCGGCCUCAACGAGGACCAGAUGAAGAGCUACGUUUGGGACUUGGGCAAGCUCGGCUUUUGCUGGCAGUUCAUCACCCUCGCGGGUCUUCACUCGAACGCCUACAUCUCCGACUUGUUCGCCAAGGGCUUCUCCAAGGAGGGCAUGAAGGCCUACGUCAACAUCGUCCAGUCCAAGGAGCGCGAGAUCGGCUGCGACGUCCUCACUCACCAGAAGUGGUCUGGCGCCGACUACGUCGACAACCUCCUCAAGACCGUCACGGGCGGUAUCUCGUCUACCGCCGCAAUGGGCGCUGGCGUCACCGAGUCGCAGUUCAAGUAG